GUAAACACCUAUUUAUGUUAAUCAAAAAUCGGUAACUUUAUAGUUUAACAGGCAGUAUUCCGCUCAUUUACAAAAUGAUUAUCAAAGGUGCUGUAGCUAUUGUAACUGGAGGAGCUGGAGGAAUUGGACGUGCAUUUUGUGUGGCUCUCUUGGAGAAUGAAGCUGCCUUGGUGGUCAUACUAGAUGUUAACAAGGAAGCGGGUGAAAAAACCCAGGAAGAGUUACGAAGCAAGUACGGACCAGCGUCUGCUAAGUUUAUAGCAUGUGACAUUUCUAACAAGGAAGAGCUUACAAAUGCAUUCAAGGAAACUGUAGAUGAACACGGCAGACUCGACAUUGUGUGCAACAAUGCGGGUAUUGGUGAAGAGGUCAACUGGGAGAAAUGCAUUGCAGUCAAUCUGACGGCCACCAUUCAAGGCACCUACUUGGCAUUUGAAUACAUGAAAUCCGGGGGUGUAGUAGUCAAUACGGCUUCCAUGUCAGCAUUUGUACCGAUAGGCUUGGCACCAGUGUAUAGCACAACAAAGGCUGGUGUCGUAAUGUUUACAAGAAGCAUCGCAAAGGCUUCCCUACAGUCCAAAGGUGUCCGCGUAUGCUGUAUUUGUCCAGGAAUAGUUGAUACUCCCCUUUUGCCCAAAGACAACCCAGGAAUGGCAGAAUGGAUCGAAAAACGAGGAAUUGUUCAACCAGAGUUCAUUGCCAAGGGUCUUCUUCAGCUUAUCAAUGACGAUUCCAAGAAUGGAGCAGUCAUGAGAGCCAACGCUGCUGAAGGCAUGGGAUACAUGCAGUUUGAAGAAAUGGACAUUUGAUAGUAAUCAUAAUAACCUUGAUGAAUCGUAAAAUACUCCUUCUCACCUCUGAUCUGUUUAGCCUAGUGCACAUUUGUCUCCCUCGCAUCCGUUUUUAGUGUCGGUCGUCACGCAACGUUGCGUGAGGACCGACACUAAAAACGGAUGCGAGGGAGACUAAGUGCACAUUAGCGACAUGUGAUGACAUUUCCCUAGUGUGAAACGAAACAACAGGGAAAACAUAACGGGAAUAUUGUGUUAGAGUGCUUCCAUAUAUCCGUGAAAAACUGCGUAAUGUAAAAUUUAAGCUCGUUUUGUGGGUUUUGGGGAGGCUUCUCUCCUCCCCAAGCCUCCCCAAAACCCACUAGGAACGCCUGGCUACGCAGGCUAAAUACUUCUUUGUUACGAAGAUUAAGACGCGCUUGCUGGUCGCCAUGUGGCCAUCAGGGCUCUUGUUAGCUUAACCUUGCAUAUAAUUAAGUUUCUUAUGUAAUGCUAAUGACGUUACCUCGAGGGUGACUGAAUAAGUAACGCAAACUGUACUAGUAAUAUGAUUAUCACACCAUUGUUAUAAAUCUAAGGACCAACUUAGGUAAAGCGUUUUCUUAAAUGGAAAGUUUAAAAACUUGAAUAUUCGAAAAUAACAACGGAUGCUUCUUAUAAAACUGGAAUAUACUCAAGUGGUAUAUACCAACUCCUUAUAAGGAUGUUUAGCAGGUAAAUAUUUAUGGUAAUUAAAAAUCGGUAACUUUA